AUGGCGGCCCGGCCCGCGCCUGCGCGCUGCGCCGCGCCGCCCCCGCGCAUGCGCCGGCGGAGGGGGGAGCGGGGGGAGCCGCGCGCGCGGCCCGUCCGCGCCCGCCGCCUCCCGCCCGCGAUGGCAGCGCCGCGCCGGCCCGGCGGGGUUUAUAUAGCCCGUCACGUGACCGGUCGCGCGGGAAGCGCGGGCUCCGUUCUGAGGCGAAUUCUGCCGGAAUCGGUGAAAAAACCCCGCAGCCCCACACGUACACAGCUCCCGUUAACCGCCACCAGCCCCACAGGAGCCGCAGAGCCGGUUUCAGAAUGUCCUCGGGCCGCCCCGCAGCACCGUCCCCGUCCCCGGGGGCGCUCCCCGGGCCGCCCCCCCCGCCGCCGCCACCGGGGGCCCCCCCCGGGCCCUCCCCCCGCGGCGGCGGGCAGCAAUGACGUGUUCGUGACGUCACGCUCGGAUUUCCGGGCGCAGCUGCGGCGUUGCCAGCGGCUCCUGGCGCCGGGCGGGGGUCCCGGGGGCGGCCCCGGGGAGCUGCGGCUGCACGGGCUGGGCCUGGCCGUGCCCCGCACCAUCAACCUGGCGCUGCAGCUGCAGGCGGGGGCGGGCGGCGCGCUGCGGCUGCACGCCAGCACCUCCUCCGUGCCCCUGCGCGCCCCCCGCGCCCGCGGCAACCGCCACCGGGACCGCCACGGCGACGGGGACAGCGACGGCGACGACGGGGAAGCCCCCCGGCACAACUCGGCCAUCCACAUCCGCCUCUGCCGGGAGGCGCCCUGCGCCUGAGGGGCACCCCGGGGCCCGGGGGGCUCCUCGGUUUCACCCCGCUGUCCUCAGGGGCUCCCCCGGUGUAAAGGGGGGCGACCCCUCUGUCCUGGGGUGACCCUGGGGUCCUGGGGGGGCUCCCCCGCUGUUCUGGGGCAUCCCCCGGUGUCACCCCGUGGUCCUGGGGGGCUCCCCCGGUGUCCUGGCCUCUGUCACUUUUGUGGGGACCCUCCGCGGUGAGUCCCCAGGUGUGUCACGGCUGCGGGGACAUCACGGGAGGUCUUGGGGACACCGAGAUGGCACCGAGAGGCCGCGGGGAUGCUGUGAUGGCCUGAGGACACGGACGGUGCCACCAGCAUCUCGAGGCUGCCGCGAUCCCCCCGAUGUCACCCUGAGCCACCCCCGCAGCCGCGGGGACGUGACACCCAAAUAAAGACGGUGGCGGCAGCA